AUGCAGUCUAAGAUACUCUCUAGGGCCUCUACCAGUAUAUCACCAUUUGAGCGAAUUUUUCAGCUCAGUUCUGCUGCUAUCAUUAUUUUCGAGUGCUCUUUCUACCUUUUCGACCAGAAACGUCACUCUCGGCUCUGGCGGACGUCUAUCCACGGGCCUUUAAAUACCGCGUUAGAGCAGUACAUGGCAUCUCCACAUGCAGCUGCUGUUUGGGAAGCCGUGAGCAAUGCCGUCCACACGUAUCAAGGAAGCUCCUCUACUUGGAAGGCGAUGCUAGGUUUUGAAAGCGCUGAGAGGAAGUUCAUCAAUACAAUUCUUGAAAUCAUUUUACAGCAUCGCCUGCAACUUAAUGCCGGACCAUGUAUCACCACGUCGACGGUAUUUGGAGUUGAACUCAAGUAUUUUGGCGGUACAUGA